UUCAGGUUUCGGAGCAGUAGCGCGAUGACUUUGGUUGUGCGCACACUCGCCGUGGCAGUGUUAUUAUAGUUUUGUGUUAACACCGUUUUGUUAUUAUUUAGUUGAUUCAUUUUUUGUUUCGGUUAUUUUGCAGUUACGCCUUACAUUUCGUUACGGCUCCGAGAACGGGAAGGAAGGUGGAGUUGUGCUAGGAUAACAAAUUGACUCAAAAAAUUUAAUUUAUUUUGUGUUCGGUUUGUGUGUGAAGUGCGACAAUGCAAAACGUACAAGAAGUGAUGCCGAGUGUUAGACUUAACGGGGUGGACAAGACGGUGGAAGUUGCGGCCUCCUCCGGGGAAGUGAUUAAAAAGUUCCGGGUGAGCCAGCCGAGGGAGGAGUGCCGGAGGCACAGGCUCACCACCGACCGGGACCAAACUUCGCCCCUGAGCCCCAACCAAAGUGAUAAACAUUUCCAGACCUCGGUGGUCGCCGAUAAGUAUUUGCUGCUGGAGCAGGCCGAGGGCAGCUCCUUGUACCGGUGCGUGGACGUCAACACCCAGGAGGAGUUGGUCUGCAAGAUCGUUUCAAAGGACUGUCAUUCGUUGGUAUCGGCGCAUUAUCGCCUCGAUUCGCAUCCGAGGGUCUCAUCUUUGCACGAAGUCGUCGUAGGUAAUCGCUACUUGUAUUUGGUUUAUCCCAAGGCUCACGGCGACCUACAUUCGUACGUGAGGUCAAGGAAAAGACUGAGGGAAUCCGAAGCCAAGAGGCUCUUCAAACAAAUUGCCGAAACAGUACAAGUUUGUCAUAGGAACGGAAUAGUAUUAAGGGAUUUAAAGCUGAGGAAAUUCGUCUUCGCUGAUGGCCAAAGGACGGAGCUGAAAUUAGAGUCACUAGAAGAUGCCGUCGUGCUGGAAGAACCGGAAACCGACUGGCUACAUGAUAAAAGAGGAUGUCCUGCUUACGUGAGUCCGGAAAUUCUCAAAGCCGGCGCCCACUACUCAGGAAAGGCCGCAGAUAUGUGGUCGCUAGGAGUCAUCCUUUACACGAUGCUAGUCGGAAGAUACCCCUUCAGCGAUUCGGAGCACGCGUCCCUGUUUGCGAAAAUCUCCCGAGGCCAUUUCGUAAUUCCUGAAUGUCUGUCGUCCCGUGCGAGAUGUUUAAUUCGCUCGCUGUUGCGGCGAGAGCCUUCGGAGCGGAUCACGUCCGAAGACAUCUUGUACCACCCUUGGCUGGCGAAGGAGGACAGGGAGUGGACAUCGCGGGCGUGCGAUCAAUUAGUGCCCGAAUGUAGUCUUUACGACGACUAGCUCGAGGGCGGAAAACGUGCAAGUUUCGUGCUGUGUUUUAGUAAUAUAAGGAAGCCAUUCGUUUUUUCUUUUGUUGUUAGGAGUAAUUUAUAAUUGUUUUUUCCUUUUAAUCAUUUCGUUUUAAACGGGUCUGCGGCCGGACUUCGUAGGUGAUCGUCGUUGUCUUAUUUAUUUGUUUUCGCCGAUGUUGUUAUUUACGGCACCUAUGGAGCGCGGUCUGGUCAUCCAAUGAAACACAUUUCUGAUAUUACGAAGUAGUUUAAAAUCUCAUCAUCAAUGCGAGUGGUUUAUGGACUGAAUUAUUUCAAGCAUCACGAUAUCAUAGUGAUUAAUUUGAAGACUGAGCGGUUUAUUAUUUUGUGACCAAUUGUGCAAUUUAGCUUAAUUUUGCUCAAAAAUUGUCAGAUCAGGAGUGAAGUUUAAUUAAUGAGUGUUUCUCAAGCGAUAUGACAUUUUUUCUUGAAUGUUGGGGAGGGAGGUGUGGAGCAACUGGCCCGAUUCUUAUGAAAGGCGACUUGUGCGUAAAUAGAUGCACUGCGUGGGAGUGCAAUCCAAAGAUCUUUAAGUUUUUAUUUGUUUUAAAAGAAUUUUCGUUGAUUUCGCAAGAGGUUGCGUUAGUUUCUUCGUAGGAUUAGUUGUACAUAAUUGUUACCCCGUCUCCACUAUUUUAUUACGCACAACGGGAGACAUCGGUCCAGUCGCUUCACUAAUAACAAAUUGUCAAAAUCAUGUGAUCGUUAGGUCAAUACUAAUGCAAUGUGGAACUUAGGCUAAGUAAGUGAAAUAAUUUCAUAUCGUGAUGCUACUAGGAACGUUAUAGUUUGCAAUGUGAUCUCGGUCAAAUUGUCAAAGUUUGGCCAUCGACGUGUAGGUAUAUUUCUGUGGAACUGAAUUGUAUAUAAUUUUGUUUUUAUUUCGUUUCCUAAUUUAUCGUAAGGUCCUAGGUUAAUCUAUGUAAAUUUUGUACAUAGCUUUGCAUUUUAUUUGUGAAUUCGUUUCAUGGUUGUUCUAUGCUGUUGUCCAUAAUAAAAAACAUCAUUAUUUAUGUAA